AUGGCUAGAAGAACUAGAACCUAUAACAACGUAGUUGUUCUUCUGUACUCUAACCUAUUGAUCUUCUUCGUUCCUAUUGUCAUCUCCCUCAGAAGCCUCACUCCAGACAAAUCCAUCAACUAUAACGACUACCUAGUUUCCGAAACCGGAAACUUCGAAGCAGGGUUCACCAACAUAGAGAAUUCACAGAACAUAUACUUUUGUAUAUGGUACAAGAAUCUAAACCCAAGAACAAUUGUUUGGGUAGCCAAUAGAGAUACACCACUGCAAAACUCAACAGGAGUAUUCAAUUUCAAACUCAAACUCACUGAUACAGGAAAUCCAGCCAUAGUUGAUGGCUCAGAGAACACAAUUUGGUUCUCUAAUGCAUCAACAGUUGUAGAGAAUCCGUUUCUAUUGCUCUUGGACACCGGAAACAUCAUCGUACGAAACGGAAGUUUAAAAGACGUUUGGUGGCAAAGCUUUGAUUAUCCUGGUGACACUUUAUUACCCGGGAUGAUACUUCGAACUGAUAGAAUCAGCGGCGCGCAUAAUUCUUUGAUAUCGUGGAAAAACACAGGUGAUCCUGCAAGAGGUGAGUUUUCAUAUCAUAUAGAUUCUAAUGGUUUUCCUCAAUUGUUUAUUUCGAAGGGAUCAGUGUUAGUUUAUAGAUUAGGCCCAUGGAAUGGAUUUUUCUUUACUGGGAUUCCUUGGGAAACACUCUAUAGUUAUUUCAAUUUUUCUUUUGAGAUAACUGAGAAACAAGUUGCAUUUAAAUAUGAACCGUUAAACGACACGAUUGUUUCGAGAUACCUUAUCACUCCGACCGGCUUCGUGCAACGUUACAUUUGGUUAUAUCAGACUGAAACUUGGCAACUUUUUCUUGCUGGCCCUGGGGACCAGUGUGAGAAUUAUAACAUCUGUGGUGCAAAUUCUGAUUGUAAUGUGGGGAACCAAGAGGUAUGCAAGUGUCUCGUUGGUUUCGCACCUAAAUCGUUCAAUGAUACCGAUGGGUGUGUUAGGAAGGUGAAACUGGAUUGUGAUGAUAGAGACGGAUUUGUUAAGUAUACAAAGAUGAAGUUGCCGGAUACGUCUUGGUCGUGGUUUGAUGAGAAAAUGAAUCUUGUGGAAUGUGAGAAACAAUGCCUGAAAAACUGCAGUUGCAUAGCUUAUGCAAGUUUGAAUAUUAAAAAUGGUGGAAGUGGAUGCAUCAUUUGGUUCAAUAACAUUAUUGACAUGAGGACCGAAAUCUCUGUUGGGCAAGAGAUUUACAUAAGAGUGGCUGCUUCAGAAUUAGGUAGUCCAACGAGUAAGACAAAGAAGAAAAUGAUAACAGGUAUUUUAGUAGGAAUAGGAGUCUUUUUCUUGAGUAUCAUGACGGUUGGAUAUGUCAUCUUUCUAAAGAGGAAAAAACUUCAGAUAUCAGCUAGGAACACAACAAUAAACCAUGAAGAUAACAUGGAUCAUGAGAAGGGAAGCAUUGAUAUAUCAACUUUUGAUUUUUCUACCAUAGCUAAUGCCACUGACAACUUCUCUCCCAUUAAGAAAUUGGGAGAAGGUGGAUAUGGUCCUGUCUACAAGGGUGUACUAGCAAAUGGUAGAGAGAUUGCGGUCAAGCGACUUUCGAUUAAAUCUGUACAAGGGCCACGGGAGUUUCAAAAUGAAGUUAUAUUGAUUGCAAAUCUUCAGCAUAGAAAUCUUGUGAAACUCAUUGGUUGUUGUAUUCAUAAUGAUGAAAGAAUUUUGAUUUAUGAAUACAUGCCUAACAGAAGUCUGGACAACUUUAUUUUCGAUCGGACUAAAAGUCAGGUAUUGGAUUGGAAUACACGUUUUCAUAUUAUAAGCGGUAUUGCACGAGGACUUUUGUAUCUUCACCAAGAUUCUAGAGUAAGGAUCAUCCAUAGAGAUCUAAAAACCAGUAAUAUUCUUCUUGAUAACGACAUGAACCCAAAAAUAUCGGACUUUGGACUCGCUAGAGCUUUUGGUGGAGAUCAUGAUGAGGCCAAUACAGUUAGAGUAGUGGGUACUCAUGGUUACAUGCCUCCAGAGUAUGCUGUAUAUGGAUCUUUUUCAGUGAAGUCUGAUGUCUUCAGUUUCGGUGUUAUUGUUCUAGAAAUCAUAAGUGGGAGGAAGAGCAGAGAAUUUUUCAACCCGGAACAUAAUCUUAACCUUAUUGGACAUGCUUGGAGACUGUGGAGUGAGGAUAAACAAUUGGAGCUGAUAGAUGAGUCCCUUAAAGGUUCAGUUAUCAUGGACGAGGCAUUAAAAUGUAUUCACAUUGGGCUGCUAAGUGUGCAAGAUAGGGCAGAUGAUAGGCCUGAAAUGUCAUCUGUUGUUCUAAUGAUGAAUGGGGAGAGAGCACUGCCUAAUCCAAGGCAGCCCGGGUUUUAUCCUCACGAAGUUGUUUCUUACUCAAGCAAACAAGAAUUGUCAUCAACAAAUGAAAUUUCUAUUUCAUUGUUACAUCCAAGAUAA